AUGGGGAAUUACUCUGCCGUGACUGAAUUCUUUCUGGUGGGGCUUUCCCAAUACCCAGAGCUCCAGCUUUCUCUGUUCAUGUUCUGCCUUAUCAUGUACCUGAUAAUACUCCUGGGAAACAGCCUUCUUAUUAUCAUCAGCAUCCUGGAUUCUCGCCUCCACACCUCCAUGUACUUCUUCCUUGGGAACCUCUCAUUUUUGGACAUCUGUUACACAUCCUCUUUUGUUCCUCCAAUGCUUAUCAUAUUUAGGUCUGAGAGAAAAUCCAUCUCCUUCACUGGCUGUGCUCUUCAGAUGGUCAUCUCCCUUGGUUUAGGAUGCACUGAGUGUGCUCUCCUGGCUGUGAAGGCCUACGACAGGUAUAUGGCUAUCUGUAACCCACUGAGGUACCCCAUCAUCAUAAACAGGAUACUCUGUGUGCACAUGGCUGCAUGGUCCUGGAUCAUAGGCUGUGUGAACUCCCUAGUGCAAACAGUUCUGCCAAUGAUGUUACCUUUUUGUGGGAAUAAUGUCAUUGACCAUCUUACCUGUGAGUUACUGGCUCUUCUUAAACUCAUCUACUCAGAUAUCUCCAUCAAUGUGCUUAUUUUAACAGUGGGAAGUAUUGUUUUUUUAGUGAUUCCUCUACUGUUAAUUUUCAUCUCCUAUGUUUUCAUCCUCUCUACCAUCCUGAGACUUAAUUUCACUGAGGGGAGAAAGAAAGCCUUUUCUACCUGCUCAGCCCACCUAGCUGUGGUAAUCUUAUUCUAUGGUUCAGCCCUUUUUAUGUACAUGAAACCAAAAUCAAAGGACACAAAGGUAUCUGAUGAGAUAAUUGGGCUGUCUUAUGGAGUGGUGACUCCAAUGUUGAACCCCACCAUCUACAGUCUGAGGAAUAAGGAGGUAAAAGAGGCUGUGAAGAAAGUUAUGAGCAGACGCCUGUACUCAUGGAAAAUAUGA